AUGACCACCCUCCCCAAAAUCUUCAUCACCGGCGCAACCGGCUACAUCGGCGGCGACGCCCUAUACGCCCUCUUCGCCAAACACCCCGAAUACAUCUACACCGCUCUAGUGCGCACCCCCGAGAAAGCCCAGAAAGUGCAAGCCCAAUACCCCUCCAUCCGGGUUAUAAUCGGCGACCUCGACGAUUCAUCUCUCCUCGAAAAAGAAAGCGCCGAGGCUGAUAUCGUUCUUCACACCGCCGACGCCUCCGACCACGAAGGCGCCGCUAGAGCCAUCGCCACCGGUCUGGAAAAAGGCCACUCGAGAGAGAGGCCUGGAUACUGGCUGCAUACAGGUGGAACCGGGAUUCUGACGUUCCAUGAUACGGACAGGAAUGUGUUUGGGGAGUAUAGUGAGAAGGUGUAUGAUGAUUGGGAUCGGGUGGAGGAGUUGUUGAAUUUGCCGGAUCAUGCGUUUCAUCGGAAUGUGGAUCGGGUGGUGCUGGAGACGGGGAGAACUAAAAAGGGGGUGGUGAGGACGGCGUUGGUUUGUCCGCCUACUAUUUAUGGACGUGGGAGGGGUCCGGUGUCUCAGCGCGGUAGACAGGCGUAUGAGUUGGCUAAGGUGACGCUGCGGCUUAAAAAGGGUCCGAUUAUUGGAGAAGGAAAGGCCACUUGGAAUAAUAUCCAUGUGCAUGAUUUGAGUGAGUUGUAUGUGUUGCUGGCUGAAGCGGCGGUUCAGGGCAGGGAGGAUCCCGAGCUCUGGGGUGAGCGCGCCUAUUAUUUGACGGAGAACGGGGAGCAUGUGUGGGGGGAGUUGGCCAAGGCGAUGGCGCAGACGGCGGUGGAGUUGGGUUUGCUUUCGGAGGCGAAAGCGGGGGUGAUUAGUCUGGAAGAUGCGAAGAAGUAUGCUGGCUAUGAGUCGCUGAGCUGGGGGAUGAACUCGCGAGGACGGGCCCGACGAGGAGCCAAGGUGCUGGGAUGGACGCCGUCGAGGCCGAGUUUGGAGGCGACGCUGCCGGAGAUUCUGGAGGAUGAGGUGGAGAGGAUGAAGUGA